UUAAAAGUGUACGUUUUUUAAGUCAAUAGAAGAUGCUGGGAAAUUGUAUGAAUAAAAAGUGAAAACUAUUAUCAUCACGACAAUGGUUCAAUUAGCCCUUUUCUUGAUUAUUGCUUACCAAAUUUCACUAAUAGCACCAUCUCCUAGACGUCCAGGUUGCAGUUUCGAUUUAUCCAAUUUAGACCCUGAACCAAUUAUUAUAUCUGCCAGUGAUCAUCAAUUUCUAUACCCUGAUCCAGACGCAAGUGAAGUGUUUUUGGCAAAAGGUCAAUCUAUCAUCAUAUCAUGUCCCGGUGGACAAUUAACCCUAAACUCAACAUCAAUCGGAACAACAAUUUCAGCGACAUGCAAACAGGGUAAUAAAUUUAUAGCAAAUGGUACCACCUUUAAAUUAAAUAAAAUCACGUGUUCGACAAAUCCAUAUCACAGAGCGUCCUCACUCAAGCAAUCCUGCGAAUCUGGCGGACAAGAAAUCGAAAUUGGAUUCAUUGUAGGCAACGAUAGUUUUGUUCGAGAGAUAGCAAUUUGCUUUGAUUCGAAAUAUCGAAAUCCCUUUUAUUCCACAUUUAAUCUCACCCGAUCUAUAGCUCAUCGUGAAAGCGACGUUAUAAGACCUACUUUCGUGGAGGAACUAGUAUAUACUCAACUUCCCGUUAGGAUGACGGACUUGUACCUUCUUAGUAACCAAAGAUCAGUUAUUAAUUGUCUUUUGGGACUUCCUGCAAACUCUACAAGAUACAUUAAAGAUUCGACCGAUUAUUUCCUCGUUCGUGGUCAUCUCACUGCUAAGGACGAUUUUGUCUACACUUAUCAACAAAUUGCUACAUUUCACUACGUGAACACCGCACCACAGUGGCAAUCUUUUAAUAGCUUAAAUUGGGAUGCAGUUGAAUCUGAUGUAAGAAACUACGCCGCUAGUAAUAAAUUGGAUUUGAAAGUGUAUACAGGAAUUUAUGGAGUGACAACCUUGCCUCACGCGGAAACGGGAGAAGACGUGCCUCUUUUUUUGUUUUCAAGGUAUCUAAACGCAAUAGCAGUACCGGAAUUGUUUUGGAAGGUUGUCUACGAUCCUGUAAGUAAAAAAGGAAUAGCUCUGUUGGGUAUCAAUAAUCCAUAUCAAAAAGACGUUGUAAAAAGUAUUAUUUGUGAAGACAUUUCUUCAUUUAUCACCUGGUUGCAUUGGAAGCCCGCUGAUGUACAAGCUGGAUAUUCAUAUGCGUGUACUGUUGAUGAGUUCAGAAGAAAGGUCUCUUACUUACCGGAGUUUGAAGUUUCAGGUUUACUCUUGUGAUUGUUCUGAGUAUUGUUUGCACUCUGAAUCUUUAUGGAACGUUAUUUUUUAUUUCACCGAAAUGUAACCUUGAAAAAUUGUAUAUUCUUAUUUACUAUAUAAACUUUAAAAAAUAAAAUUCAAACAAUUAACGUA